AUGGCGUCGCAAACUCGAUCAUGUGCUGUUAAAAAAUGUGAAGUUUCAUCAUGUGCUGUAUGUCAUUGUUGUAAAAAUGAUCUAUGUCUCGAUCAUUUAAAGGAACAUAAAGAUCAGCUUAAUGCUCAAUUAAUUCCACUUGGCGAUCAAAUUAAUACAUUUUUGGAUGAUCUUGAGCAUUUUGAUCCGACUUCUUUAUCUACUUUCAAACAACUUGAACAAUGGCGCAUUUUAGCUCAUGAUACUGUCGAUCAAUUUUACAAACGUAUGAAAUAUGAACUAUUCGAACAACAAAAGAAUAAACCUUUAGAAAAAAUUCAUGCAACACGAAAUAUGUUGGAUCAACUGAUUCAAAAACAAGCGGCGACUCGUGAAAACAUAAAUUCAUUAACGAAUGAUAUUCGAUUGAUUGAACAAGAAGUCAAUGCUCUUCGAAAUAUUCAUAUCAAACUAUGUCCAUUAGUUAUUGAUGAUGAUCUAAUUAUUGCAUCAACUUCUGAGAACCGGUAA